AUGUUGACCCGACGCAUUGCACGAGCAGCGACAGCAGCUCCGCGCUCCUUGCGAGCGUUGAGCUCGACUGCUGCUCAGCAACGUGCCCCCUCCAUCGCCGACGUCACACCUGCGGGUGUCGACUCGUUCAACGCAAAGCAGAAGGAGUUCCGCGAGCAGACGAUCAGGGCGCAACAGGAGCGAGAAGCAAGUAGGUCCUCUUCAGCCAAAUCCAAAUCCUCUACUUCCUCCGGUGCCUCUCCCAACGACUCCGGUUCCGGUGAGGGCCUCGGCUCAUUGACGUCUUCUGCAGGACGAAAGGCCGAAGCCGAAGCGGCCAAGGGCAAAGAAGGAGCUGACCAUCCCGACGGACUGCUGUCGCGCGUCAUUUAUGGCACCAAGGAAGGCCGCGAGAUGGAUGCCCAGCUCGAGGCGAGCUUCUCGGCCGUCCUGGCUCGCGGCAAGUACGUCCACUCUAUCGUGUUCCACCAGGUCUACCCCGACAAGGUGGAGGAGUACAUGGAGCUGGUGGGCAACUGGUAUCCGAAGAUGGCUUCCAUGGAGGAGAAUAAGGUUCACCUCGUGGGAAGCUGGCGAACAGAGGUUGGCGAUUGUGACACAUUCGUUCACAUCUGGGAAUACCAGCGCUACCAAGGAUACCACCAGUCCCUGCACUCCAUCUCGAGACACCCCGACUUCCCCGAGUUCGACAGGAAGCUCAAGACCCUGAUCAAGUCUAAGAACACGUCCAUCAUGCAGGAGUUUUCCUUCUGGCCCACCACCGCGCCCCGCCAGCUCGGCGGCGUCUUCGAGCUGCGCUCCUACACCCUCCACCCCGGCAAUCUCCUCGAGUGGGAGACCCACUGGCGACGCGGUCUGAAGGCGCGACGUGAGGUCAUGGAAGGUGUCGGAGCCUGGUUCGUGCAGAUCGGCGACCUGAACACCGUCCACCACCUCUGGCAGUUUGCCGACUUGGAGGAGCGAAAGGUCCGCCGAGAGGAGAGCUGGAAGCAGGAGGGCUGGGCCGAGACGGUGCACAAGACCGUCCCGCUCAUCCAGUCCAUGAAGUCCAGGGUUCUGGUCCCGAUGCCAUGGUCUCCCGUGGCUUAA